AUCACUCAAGACAUUUUCUGACGAAAAACCUUCUGUCCUCUUUGCUCGCUUCUGUUGCCCCGAAAAGUGGAUUUAUGCAGAGCGUUUAAACGUCGUACUGAUCUAAUAUCAGUCAGGUUAUAAAACGAUGCCUGUGAUUUAGAGUUUUAGGUGUGAAACGGAAACGGCUAAUCCGGUGAUUUAGCCGCGGUGCUAAUCUGCUGCUGCUGCACGGUGUUGUUAUUCAUGACAGACGCCUUUGUCUAAGAAAAAAAAAAUAGUAACGCGGGACAUUUUCGUCUCCCAAAUCUCCCUCGCUGUUGCUUCCUGGAGGAUUUUAAUUGUUUGUUUUUUGCAUCUUUGUUGUUGAAACAUGUCUCUGCACGGUAAGAGGAAAGAGAUUUAUAAAUACGAGGCGCCGUGGACGGUUUACGCCAUGAACUGGAGCGUCCGGCCUGAUAAACGCUUUCGACUGGCUUUAGGCAGCUUUGUGGAGGAAUAUAACAACAAGACCAUUUUUGAAGACCAGCUCCAUCUACAACUCCAACACGGCGUCUCGUCUGUUAGACGUCGUACUUGGGUGCAGCUCGUGGGUCUGGAUGAGGAGAGCAGUGAGUUUGUGUGCAGGAACACGUUUGAUCAUCCGUACCCCACCACCAAGAUCAUGUGGAUCCCAGACACCAAGGGUGUUUACCCAGACCUGCUGGCCACCAGCGGAGAUUACCUUCGUAUCUGGAGGGUAAAUGACACAGAGACGCGUCUCGAAUGCCUCCUCAACAACAACAAGAACUCCGACUUCUGCGCUCCUCUGACUUCUUUCGACUGGAACGAGGUGGAUCCCAACCUUCUGGGAACCUCCAGUAUUGACACCACCUGUACUAUCUGGGGCUUGGAGACAGGACAGGUGUUGGGGAGAGUCAACCAGGUGUCGGGACACGUCAAGACCCAGCUGAUCGCCCACGACAAAGAGGUGUAUGACAUCGCCUUCAGCCGUGCAGGUGGAGGACGCGAUAUGUUCGCUUCGGUCGGAGCGGACGGCUCAGUGCGCAUGUUCGACCUCCGUCACCUGGAGCACAGCACCAUCAUCUACGAGGAUCCUCAGCACCACCCGCUGCUCCGCCUCUGCUGGAACAAGCAGGACCCCAACUACCUUGCUACUAUGGCAAUGGACGGCAUGGAGGUGGUCAUUCUGGAUGUGCGUGUGCCGUGCACGCCUGUGGCUCGGCUCAACAACCACCGUGCGUGUGUGAACGGCAUCGCCUGGGCCCCUCACUCCUCCUGCCACAUCUGUACUGCAGCGGACGAUCACCAGGCCCUGAUAUGGGACAUCCAGCAGAUGCCUCGCGCCAUCGAGGACCCGAUCCUGGCCUACACAGCCGAGGGUGAGAUCAACAACGUGCAGUGGGCGUCCACUCAGCCCGACUGGAUUGCCAUCUGCUACAACAACUGUCUGGAGAUUCUGCGUGUUUAACAGUGCCGCCGAGGCCGCCACUGCUACUGACCCCGUCUCUCCUGCCAUCACCACCACCACCAUGAACACCACCACAGAGAGCGGGGCCAGUCCCAGCGAGAGCCACAACAACGGAGCAGCAGCCAGAGUCGGACCUGGAGCCAGAGCUGGGGUCUGGUUUCUGUGCUGCUGUAAAGGAGUGGAGAUGGCAGGAGGACUCGGCUAAAGGACAGGAUUCUGGGCGUGUGUGUUUGUGUGUGUGUGUGUGUGUGUGUGUGUAUGUGUGUGUGAGAAUGUGUUUAUAGAUGCAUACAUGAGCGUUUGUGUUUAUUUCAUCCGUACGUUAUAUGAAGUGUCGACCUCUUCGUGUUCGAGACGUUCCGAUCGUCUCGUAUCGGUUCGAAGUCUAGUUAUCCAGCGAUGGUGUGUGUAGAUAUUUCUGCAUUCAGAGACCAGAGUGUUUUUUUUUUAGUUUUGUUUUUAAAUAAAGAUGUUACUCGGUGUAAUGCAUCUUGCAUUUCAAGUAGAAGAUUAAGACUAGUUAAGAAGCAGCAGCACUGAUUUCUCACUCAGUACGAUACUGUAUUUAAUCAGUUUGCAAGGAAAAAAAAUCAGCAUCGUGUCUGAGGUCCUCCAACCAUUCGAAUUUUACCACCAAGCACUCCUCCUUCCGUUAACGAUCAUCCAGAGCGCUCGCGUCUCAUUCAAACGACCGGAGUAGCUAGCUUGUCUGGGCAGUUGUCAUAGCAACACAACACAACGGUUUCACAAGUCUCCGUUUUCAGCAGGUCUGUUUUUAAAAGCCGCACCGACGCCGAUCACAACAGGAUUAAAGGGAAAGACGGAGCGCAGGCUACAAAGGAACGACGCAUUCGCACCACUUUUCAAAAAAAAAACGACAAGAAAAUCCUUUCUCCCUCACUUCACUUCACAGAAGUUCACUCUUCUUCACUUUUUUUUUUUUUAGUUUAAAAGCAUGUUCGUGCUCGACGUGAGAGAUGUACAUACGUAUAUAAAUAUUAUAAAUAAGCUAGAGGAAAGCGUUCAUGUAACUUUUGCAUACAGAUUCUCGUUCUUCACAGCGAGCUCGUCGUAAGAGGUUCAGGAACUGUUCAGGAACUGUUCCCUCUUAUGUGAAAAGAAGUGUGUAUGUGAUUACAUCUGUGUGAACAACUGCAAUGUUUUUCUAUUAAUAAACUCGCAUCGUUCUUCCA